GUCACCAUAACAACGGCGUCAGAUGAAGCAUCAUUAAAAUUUCAUAUGGUAAACCAUGGGAAUUUGUUUAAGUGUACCUGAAAGUAACAUUAGUGACCGUGACGAGACAGAGAACGACUGGGAUAGCCACAGUGAUGACGAGGUUGCAGAAAAUGGUACGACAGCUAGUGCGAGUGACGUAAGUCGGGAUGGGGAAGAUGGCGCCAUGUCGCCACGAAACAGCGCCACACAAGAAAAUGCCACGAGCAAGGUAAGUGGUAAAGCGGUUACAUUUAAAACGGAAUCUCACGAGAAAAACGUGCUACGCGAAAUAUUCAGCGAGGAGUCCUUGCUAGAGAAGAGCAGAAAAAGUUUUAAUGCUGACAUGAGGAUGUUUGCUAUUAUGUUUGAAGAGUCGCAUAUAACCGAUAAAGACAGAAGAAAUCCGAAAUGAAUCGAUCAUCUCUUUACAUUUAUCGCGCAUGUACAUUCGAUGUCAGACGUCAACGCUAAUCAUAGAAUUGGUGCUGACAGACUUGUUUAUUAAACGUUAUUGGAAUUUAUCAUAAUCGUAUAUCACUUGACUGUUUAACAGAACUUGUUAUAGAUUGACUUAAUCCAAGGCUACAAGGAACGCUGGGUAUAAAUGUAUCUGCAGUAUAUACUGUACAUAUGUAUAUGUCAACUGCAGUAUAUACUGUACAUAUGUAUGUGUCAACUGCAGUAUAUACUGUACAUAUGUAUAUGUCAACUGCAGUAUAUACUGUACAUAUGUAUAUGUCAACUGCAGUAUAUACUGUACAUAUGUAUAUGUCAACUGCAGUAUAUACUGUACAUAUGUAUAUGUCAACUGCAGUAUAUACUGUACAUAUGUGUAUGUCAACUGCAGUAUAUACUGUACAUAUGUAUGUGUCAACUGCAGUAUAUACUGUACAUAUGUGUAUGUCAACUGCAGUAUAUACUGUACAUAUGUAUGUCAACAUAUCUUAAUUUUUCUUAUAUGCAUUGCAUCUUUAUACAUAUUUAACAAUCAUGAGUAAUUUAUGAAAUUUUAUUGAAAUUCAUUUCCUUAAAAUGACAAAAAUAUACUUAAGAGAAAAAAACAGGUUUUAUUUUACGUUUACAUCCCCACCUCCUACGGCGAAGAAAUUUUUCUAAUCACAGUAGUCAAAUUACGUUCAUGCUUCGUACUAGAAAACAUAUUAGUAAAAAAGAUAGGACUCGGCCCACGACCCAUGGGUUUUGAGGCACAAGUUUACUCAAUGUGGUGAUGUUGAUCAACCAUCGAACUAUAGAGGUGUUACAUUGUUAAGUUCUCUCGGAAAAUUAUUUACUAGAAUAUUGAAUACUAGAUUAGAUAACUGGGCUGAUUCCUUUGGUGUUUGUGUAGAGGCCCAGGCAGGUUUUCGAAAAAAUAUGGGUACUGUUGAUAAUGUUUUUAUUUUAAAUGCUCUUAUUUCACAUUGUUUGAAAAAAAUUAAAGCUAUAUGUAGCUUUGUUGAUUUUAAAAAAGCUUUUGAUUUCGUAGUUAGAGAUGUACUGUGGUACAAAUUAAUAAAAUACGGAGUGACUGGUAAUAUUCUCAAAGUUAUACAGAGCAUAUAUGAAGGCAUUUCCUCAAGAGUUAAACAUUUUGAUAAUAUAAGUGAAGCUUUUACUUGUAAUUUAGGAGUAAGACAAGGUGAGAGCCUGUCCCCAUUUUUAUUUAGCAUGUAUUUGAAUGAUCUUGAAGAUGUGUUUUUAGCUAAAGGAGUCGAGGGCAUAGAUACUGGUAUUUUAUAUGUUUUAUGCGAAUAUCUAGCCCCAUGCAAACGUACAUAAAAGUUAAUUGACACAUUGUAUUGUACUUCUAUGUGUGUUAUGUACGAAUAUUAG